AUGGAGGCGCGGAGGACGUUGAGAUCUCUCCUGGCGAGCUUCGUGCUCGCCGCGUUGGCCGCGCAGGCCUUGGUGGCCGUGGUCGAGUCCAGGACCGGUCCCGUGGAGAAGCUGAGCCAAGGUGAGGACGUGAAGAAACCGGACUGCGUGCCAGGGAUAGACCCGCGCUCGUUCCCGGGGACCGGCGGCCACGGCAUCACGCCUGUGACGCCGUCCCACGGCGGCGGCGGGUACGUGCCGACGCCAUCGCACGGCGGGACGCUGCCUUCCCCGUCCCACGGCGGCUCCGGCUCCUCUCCGACGUCUCCCUCCACCGGCGGCGGCUCGUACGGUGGCUCCCCGUCCCACGGCGGCGGCGCCCACGGUGGUUCUCCGUCCACCCCAGGCGGCGGCGCGUACGGUGGGUCUCCGUCCACGCCAGGCGGCGGCGGCGGCGCGUACGGUGGGUCUCCGUCCACGCCCGGCGGUGGCGGCGCCUACGGAGGCGGAUCCCCGUCGCCUGCCCAUGGUGGUGCCUACGGGAGCUCCCCGACGCCCGCGUACGGCGACUCCUCCUCGCACGGAGGCAUCGGGACCUCGUCGCCGACACCGUUAGUCCCCAUGGACCCCCACAGCUUCGGCACCUGCGACUACUGGAGGUCACACCCGAUGGAGAUCUGGUCGGCGAUCAGCGGCCGGUUCCCGAGCACUUCGUCGUCGUCGUCGAUGGGGACGAUGGGCCACUUCUUUGGCGCGGCGGCGGGCAGCGUGGGCGGCGCCGACGUGAUGAGCAUCCAGGACGCGCUGGGCAACACGCGUGCGGACGGCACGGGCGCGCUGCUGCGGGAAGGCGCCGCCGCGCUGCUCAACUCCAUGUCCCGCGCCGGGUUCCCCUACACCACGGAGCAGGUCCGCGACGCGUUCGCGGCGGCGGCCGCGGGCGGGUCCGAUGGCGCCGCCGCGGCGCAGGCGGCGGCCUUCAGGAAGGCCAACGAGGGCAAGGCAUAA